GAGUGGGCUGGAUUGGGAGGUUUACUACCUCCUCUUCGCACUGAAUUGUGCAUGGCUAGUGGUACAAGCCGCCAUGGCAGUUCUUCGAGUGCGCGGGCAGCGGAAGUUUUCUUUCUUUGCGUUUGCCGAAGCCACGAUUGUAGGGACCUGGCCUAUCAUCUCCGACGCGUAUGAUACACUGAAAGAUGUCUUGUUUGGUGCGCUCUGUAUCCAGUCUGAGCAUUGGCUGCUGAAGCUCAUAGGGGUUAUCAGCUGGCUGUACUUGAUACUGAUUCACAUGUAUUUCGCACGUGACGACAACUGCGUGACGGAUCUGAUUUCUUGCUACCUGUGCGUGCUCAUGGCCCCAACAAGCGCGGCGGACGCC